AUGCCGAGACCCGGAAAAGACUCUUACGAUGAGCAAAAGCCACCGUACUCCUAUAUAUGGUUGACCUAUAUGGCGAUUCAGGAUUCCGAUGAGAAGAUGCUGCCGUUGACGGAAAUUUAUAAGUAUAUAAUGGAGAGAUUUCCGUUUUAUAGGAAAAAUACGCAAAGAUGGCAAAACUCUCUUCGUCACAAUUUGUCCUUCAACGAUUGCUUCAUUAAAAUCCCCAGACGAGCCGAUCGGCCGGGAAAGGGCUCCUAUUGGGCGGUCCAUCCAAAUGCGUCUGGAAUGUUCGAGAACGGCAGUUGUCUGCGUCGUCGGAAACGCUUCAAAGCUCAACACCAAACUGACGACUACGACGACGAUUUCCAGCAUCCGGCACCUUCGAAAAUUUCCAGAAAAUCUCAAAAUUCGGCAAUUCCAGAGCCUCCAAUGACCCCUCUAGCGUCUCUCUUUCCCUCACUCUCUUCCUCGUUUCCCAAUUUUUGUCUUUUUCCAAAUGGAAUGGACCCAUCAAAAAAUGGAUUUCUACCUUUGAAUCCAUUCUCCUUACUUCUGAUGCCUCAUUUUCUGAAGACGUCAAAUUCAAGUACGCCGAAUUCUGAAUCUUCGGAGAUUUCCUCAAAAACGCCGAGUCCUGACGCUGGGUUCAACUCGUCGUUUAGUAUUGAAUCUAUUUUAAGCUCUUGA